AUGUUUUUUCGUAAAAAUUUCUUCGAAAUCUUUUCUCAAUUAUUUAAUGAUCGUUUUCGAUUCUUUUUUUCAUGGAUUCGAUUAAUAUCUUUUAUUCUAUUAAUUCUUCAAAUUCAAACACUAAAAUCAAUAAGUACAUAUGCUUUAGCAUUACAUAAACAUCGAAAAUUAUUACUAGAUGAAUUACAUACAAUUCGUAUUCUGUUUCUAACAACAAUGAAACGUCAGGAAAACCCACGAAAAAUUUUAUUUACACAAAAAAGAAAAAUUCAAAAAAAAUUUCGACAACGAUCAUGGACAAUUUAA